AUGGGUCCCGUCACUUUCAAAUCCUUGCCAUACGAGCUUCGAGAGAAGAUCUACAAGCUUUCCUUAAGUCUCCGUCACACAGUCGUAAUCAACCAUGACCUACGUACAAUUCACGACAUGAAAGUACUCAGUUUGGACGACUUUUCCCUGAAUCUACUGGAUCAGUCUGUAGUUGGCGCACAGAUCGCUGGGGAAGCACGCGACAUCUUUUUCCAGCAGACGACCCUCAAUCUGACACCUAGACAAAUUCCAUCUGCACUUGGGAGCGACUGGAACUCACUCGUGUGCUGUAGGCUUUCUGCCAGCGUCAACACCUACGAUAUUAAGCUUGCAAUUAGAGAUCUCAUAAUCAAAUAUCAUGCAGCUCCAAACAUGUGGACUGAUGAACUGCCGGAAAUGCGCCAGGUUGUCAAGGUACGUAAGAUGGAAAAGCUUCGCCUGGUACAGCUGUCAAACCUGAGGCUCACGAAUGACAUCAAACCUCUAUGGCAAGGAGGACAGAUUGCUGUCGGGAAGAACUAG